AUGGGAGAACCGGACGACCCGAAGGAGGAGUUGGAGUUCUACUUCAAGCUGGCAAACCCGCUGGCGCUGAGCCUGCCCGAUGCCGAUGAGAAGGCGCGCGCCGCGGCGUGGCUGCGCCGGCUGGGCGAGGAGGAGGCGGGCCCGCUGCGGAUGCGCGCCGACUACCUGCGCCUGCUGGUGUUCGCGCUGCAGCGGCGGCGGCUGGUGGGCGUGUUCGCGGCGCCGCCCGACGCCUCGCAGCCGCUGCAGCCCUUCCAGGACGGCGCCUCGGUUCGUGGCAGCUGCCGCCACGUGCAGACUCUGCCGCCUGACCGCCCCCGCCCCGGCCUUUGUGCGCAGCCGGCCCCCAAGGAGCGCAGCCGGCGGCGGUCGGCCCCCGGCCAGCUGCAGCCGUGCCCCUGCUCGCCGGACUCGCCGCCCCCGCGCUCGCCGCUGGCCAGCUCCACGCCCUGCGACUGCCGCCCGCCGGCGCCGCCGCCGGUGCGCGUCGCGUGCCCGGCCGCCUCCGUCUCCGCCCCCGCGGCGAACCCGUGCGAGUGCCCGCCGUCGCCGGCGCCGGCGCAGCCGUGCCGCUGCUCGCCGCCCAUCAUCACGCCCUGCCCGGGCGCCUACGAGUCCUCGUCCUACGAGCUGGACGACGAGGACACGGACCAGAUGGUCUUCUCCUGGAUGGACAAGCCGGCCGUCAGCGCCGCUGCCCAGGACGCGGCUCUGCGCGCUCUCUCCGACGCGUGCGACGACUCCAGCGUCCGUUUUGCGCCGCUGUGGAAGUCAGAAGAGUCUGGCUUCGAGCCCAUGGAGUGGGACUCGUACCACAGGGCUCAUUUCCGGCCGAACAGGGCCGCCGAGUACCGAGGUGGCCCCGUGUACACGACGGCGAGCCGCAUGGCGGUGCGGCGGUCGGCGGAGCGGCUGGCCGACGGCUCGGUGGUGGCGACGGAGGAGCGCACGACGGCGGGCGCCGCGGCGCGCGUCUCGCCGCCCCCGGCCGGCUCGUGCCCCGCCGUGACGCCGCCGCGCAGCACCGGCGCCGCCGUCGGCACCGCGACGCGCCGCGUCACGUGGACGCCGCCGCCCGCCACCUCCACGCCGUGCGAGUGCGCGCCCGCCUCCCGCCGCCUCGCGCUGCCCUACUCGCCGCCCUCGCCCGUCGGCGCCGGCUCGCCCUGCCGCCGCAUCAGAUACGACGCUAGGAAAGAAAGAGCAGGGAGUGAGGCGACGUGUGCACCUCCCGCCCACAGGACUAGGAGCCCGACGUCCAGCAUGACGCCGGACAGCCUGGAGACUUCGCGCGCCCUCCGCAGCGCGUCGCUGCGGUCGCCGCGCCGCAGCCUCUCCGCCGAGAGCAUUGUGCCGUGCCCCGCCAGUGGGCGGCAGUUGGACAGCGUGUCGCCGCCCUCGGCUCUGCGCUUCAGCGGCAGCGCCGGCCUCUCCAGGAGCCCGCGAGCAGGCCGCACGCUGUCGCCGUGCCCGGCGUCGCAACGCCGCACGCCGUCGCCACUCGCCGUGUGCCCGGCGGCCCGCGGCAUCGACAGCAUGAGCCCGCCCUCUGCGCUGCGAUUCUCUGGGAGCGGCGGCCUGUCCCGCGAGGUACCCUGCCCCUCCUACAGCCAGCGCUCCCCUUCUCCGCCGCCCUGUUCGCCGGACCCGUACGCCAACAUUCGGCGGCCCAAGCGCUUCUUCUCGCCACUACGAGGUGAGCCUCUGCUGAUGCGUCUGCCACUGUGUUCACCUAUGCCGGCGCACGCCGACCCCGCCGCCGUGUGCGCCAUCCCCAUGCGCGCCUGCACCCUGUGCACCAUUCCCAUGCGCACCUCCGCCCUGUUCGCCAGCGCGUAG